CGAAACCGUCACUGCCGGCAACAGCAAUCGAAACUGGUCCUGCAUCCUCGCUUGCUCGCUUGCAGUCGGACGGCAUCGCUAACACCAGCACGAUGGUGCAGGGACCGAAAGGGAAGAGGGGUGGGCCGGGCAAGAAGAAGAGGGCGCUGAAGGGCCCUGAGAUGAGCGAGGAAGAGGUGGAACGUGAAAUUGAAGCGCUGGAGGAGGAAGUGCGUCUGCUCCAACACAAGCUCUGUCAGCAAGCUCAAGAGUCGCAGCAGUUGAGGUCGAAGAAGCAGGAGCACGCCGUUCACCGCUACAUUCAAGGCGCCGCGCAACAUAAGAUGCAGCACCACUUUGAUCGGCUGGAUGCGCUGGCAACAGUCAUGGCUGAUGUGUACAACGGGAAGCACCGCCUCCUUGAAGUGGAGAAGCAACGGCUGCUCAUGGAUGGAUACGGCGCCGAAGGUGAAUGCCAGAAGGAGCUCAGGAAACUUGUGCACAGCGACAAGCUGGACUUGACUGUCGUUGACGCCCUGUAUGAGAGACAUUCAUAUCGAGACAUUUCAGAUGCGCUCCUGAGCAUCACAGAGGAGAUUGCGCGUGAUGUUGAGAGCGACGGGCGACCAGCGAACACAUCUCGCAUCGACUGCCGCCGCGAGGAUGAUGCGCCCCCGAAUUUGCUGACGGAGCUCGAGCAGCUCGUGCACGAGGAAGAGCGGAAAUAUGUGCUGUCGUCGCUGGAGAUUGACAGCGCAAACCAGACGGCGCAGCAGCACGAGGACCAGUGCCAGCAGCACGCGAAUGCGAUUGAACUGCAACUCGGAGACACGCGCGCAGACGAUGCGUUACGGGAGUACGUGCAGGCGAUGGGCGAUGCUGCUGCUGUUGAGGCGGAGAGGAAGGCCCUGGAGGUGUCCAUAUCUGAUGCCACCAGCGUCGUGAACACACGCGCACGACAGCGCGACGCCGCCGCGACGAAGACGAAACAGCUGCACUCCUUCGAGGAUGACAUGCGAGUGCUGAGUUCAGAUCUUGUGCGGAUAUCGCGUCAAGUCGAGCAGUUGCGCGUGCACACACACAAACAACUCGACAGCCUUCGGCGCGGAGAACUCGGCGACGUGGAGCAGCGUGUUGAGACGAUGCAGCACCACACGGACGCAGAUGCGAUGCAAGAGGAGGUGCAGCUUGUUUCUCGCCUCCCACUCUCCGCCCUGACCAUCGCACAUGACGACAGCCUACCGCUGCGUCUUGGGCAGACGUCCAUCCGUGCUGACGACACCACCGUCAACGGAUACUGGAACCCCUCGUUUGCACACCACCUCCGCACCACCCUGCUCGCCCCACACCAGAGUGUGGACCAUCUCCUCACCACGCUGCUCCACGCCCAAUAUCGCUCUGCGCGCGGAGAAAAGCUCCUGCGGGCCGCCGAACAGACGCACGACGACGUGCGACACGCGUUGGGGGGCUCCCACCGCCACGACACCGUCCAAGGGGUGCUUGAGCGUGUGGCGCGGGAAGACGAAGUGCAGCGGACGGGGGCGCUGCCGGAGGUCAAUGGGGCGAUGGAGUGGAUGAGCGAAGCGCGCGACGAUGUUGCGCUCGCCCGCCACCUCUUGCAGCAGUACACCGACCAGCCUGCGUUUGGUCUGGCGUGAGCACCAAUGAAAGCGAAUACAUGCCAACAAG